UGCAUCCCUCUCCGUAAGGGAACCAAAGUCAUCAUUUGAAACGUGUAGUUGUUUCGUUUAAAUGUUUCAUUCGGCUCAGGAAUAGCGAAGGAUGCACCUGUUGAAAAUGCACCUGUCGAAACCCGGUGCCGUUCAAAUACUUUGAGGCUUCUUCUCUAAAUUACUUUCAACAUUUACUGCUUCAAAUGGCCUUUCCAUCACCAUGGUCUUCAAACCUGACUAAUUUAACCACCUUUGCACACGCCCCCAACCUCCUCAGUGAUCCAAUCGAUUUUUACCGAAGGUCACGGGAUUUCACCGUGGUACCACUAAUGACUAGAAAUCAGUUUCGGUAAUUGUUGCUACUUUUUCGAGACCUAGGAUAAUGGAGGAGCGUUCAAGUCAGCAGGUGUUGAACCCGGAGCGACUGAAGGCGCUGGAGAUGUGGCUGCAGGAGACUGACGUCAAACUGACCCAGGUCAAUGGCCAGAGGAAAUAUGGAGGUCCACCUGAUGACUGGCUUGGCGCCCCCCCUGGGCCGGGCUGUGAGGUGUUCAUCAGCCAGAUCCCGCGGGAUGUCUUUGAGGACCAGCUGAUUCCGCUGUUCCGUGCCGUGGGCCCUCUCUGGGAGUUCCGCCUCAUGAUGAACUUCAGCGGACAGAACCGUGGCUUUGCCUACGCCAAGUACGACAGCCCUGCCUCGGCCGCUGCCGCCAUCCGCUCGUUGCAUGGCCGUGCCCUCGAGUCAGGGGCACGCCUCGGUGUACGGCGCAGCACGGAGAAACGUCAGCUCUGUCUUGGGGAGCUGCCCACCAGCACAAGGAGGGAGCAACUGCUGCAGGUGCUGCUGGACUUCUCUGAGGGGGUAGAGGGCGUGUCCCUGAGAGCAGGGCCUGGGGAACAGGGGAUGUCUGCAGUGGUGGUCUAUGCCUCCCACCAUGCAGCUUCCAUGGCCAAGAAGGUGCUGAUUGAAGCCUUUAAAAAACGCUUCGGGCUGGCCAUCACUUUGAAGUGGCAGUCCUCUUCUAGGCCCAAGCACGAAGAGCCUCCCAGACCCUCCAAAACCCCUCCUUCCUCUCCUCCCAAACCUCCUCGCUGCUCCCUCCUGGACAGCCCCCGGCCUCCCCUGCACCUCGCCCAGCGUCAGCUCCCUGCCUUCUCCCGGGCUGUGAGGGCGCCCUCUCCCAUGGUGCACGCUGCUCCUGAAUCCCCCAGGGGGGCGACCAUGGUGCCUCCUGUGGAUGCAGCAGCCCUGCUCCAGGGUGUGUGUGAGGUGUACGGGCAGGGGAAGCCCCUCUAUGACCUGCAGUACCGCCACAUGGGGCCUGACGGGUUCCUGUGCUUCAGCUACCGGGUGUAUGUGCCGGGGCUGGCCACACCCUUCACUGGGAUGGUGCAGACUCUGCCCGGCCCCACCCCUGGAGCCAUACAGGAAGAGGCUCGCAGAGCUACAGCCCAGCAGGUCCUCAGCGCUCUGUACAGGGCCUGAUGGUGUUGAAGCACAGAUCCCCUACUUUGUUUUAAUUAUGAAAAUACUUAAAUGUUUUGCACUCUUUUAUAUUUAGUAAGUAGAUGCAUGAUUUUACUUUUUUUUUGAACCACUUUUGCAUGUUUCUGCACCAUUUAAUUGUUUCUCAUUAUAAUAAAAUGAGAUUUGUCAAA